UCAGGAGGACCAAAGCUACAAGCGACUGUGUCGCGGAGAACUUCUGAGGAGCCCGAAGAUGGAAAGCCAGCUGAGGUGUCGCUACUACAAGGGACAAGAUGGCUUCUUUGCACUACAACCAAUCAAGCUCGAAGAAAUGAAUCUUAAGCCUUACAUCAUCGUUAUGCACGACGUUGUUCAAGACAAAGACAUAAAAGAACUGAUGGCCUUCGCUGAGCCACGACUGGAACGAUCCACAACGUACACCGGGGGUGAAAUGGUGGCGUCCCCAGUACGAACCAGCUCAACUGCCUGGCUGAACGAAGAUGAGGCACCUAUCGCAGUCAGAAUGAAUUCGUAUCUGCGGGCUCUCUUGGGCAUGGGUACCUCGGACACCGACGAAGAAGCGGAAGCGUACCAGCUGGCCAACUAUGGAACUGGAGGGCAGUUCUUGCCGCACCACGACUUCCUUCAAGACUCCUUCCACUCCUACAACAGUUCGGCCGAUUAUUACCUUCAGUAUGGAACAGGAGACAGAGUGGCCACGCUUAUGAUCUACGUAAGUAAACCUCCUUUUUUUCGCAGAAACUUGGGCGCGUGA